AAGACCAGGACGGAGGACAUCUACUUUACUGCUGUUUCCAAACAGUAGAAAUAGAUGGUGGUCCUCUUUGCUGGCACAAUGGUUGAGCCGGGAACGGACGGAGAGCAGUGGCAGGGCCAGGCCCGGCCAGGUGGUGGGGGCCUGGUCGCCUAUAGCAAAGACCUGACGCUGGUGAUUGAGGUCGAGGGGGAAGAAGCUGUCACGGUGCAGCAGUUGCUGCAUUCAACCAAGCUGGUGUGUGGCGGGAUCCUGGGCUGUCGACAGCUCGGACAGAGGGCGUAUGAGGUCACGACGAGCAAUGAGGCGGCGAAGAGCAAGUUGUUGGACGGGUUCCGAAUUGGGAAUAACAGAGUGGUGGGUCGCAAGUUGUUGAAUAACGAGUUGGUGGUGUCAUUUCUGAAUCUGCCCGUUUACAUUUCAGAUGGAGAAAUAUUGGAGAAGCUGAGAGGCUGGGGGGUGGAGCCUGUGUCCGCCGUCCGCAGGAGGAUGUGGCCGGGCACGUCGAUUGCAGACGGCACGCGGUUCCUGAAGGUCCGUUUUACCGACGUGGUCCAGUCAGUGCCGUAUUCGGCCAAGUUUGACACAGCGACGGGGGUCCAGUUUUUCAGGGUGGUCCACGAUAGGCAGCUCCGGGUUUGCAGGCUGUGCUUACAGCCGGGACAUAUUGUGCGCGACUGUCCGGAUUUUCUCUGUCAUAAGUGCGGCAGGCAGGGGCAUUACGCCAGGGAGUGCGGGGAAGUGGGGGAGAGGUGCACGUACUGCCAUCGGCCGGCGGCCGGUGGCCGCCUGCGCCUGCGUCCCCGAGCUGGUGGACAUGGACGGUCCCCGUCCGAACCGCGCGGUGCCCGAGCCCUCAGCUGA